AUGGAUGUAGUGGAUACUAAAGAUGUAGUAGAAGUAGAUUCUGGAAAUGUAGUAAGUACUAAAGGUAUAGUAGAUGCUAUAGGUGUAAAUACAGCAGGUGUUAUAAGCAUAGUGGGUGUAGUGGAUGCUAUAGAUAAUAUAGGUAUUGUAAGCAUAGUAGAUGCUGUAGAUGCUAUAG